AUGUGCCCACGCACCUCUGCGCAUCUCUACAUAUAUAAUCCAGCUGCCAAUAUCUAUGUGAACAAAUUCACAAGUUUGUGAAGAAGAAAAAAAUGGAGAAUGAAGCAGAACGAAGUACUAACAAGGAAAUCAACAGGAAGAAGAAGAAGAAAAGGAGCAGCAGCAUUAGGACAAUAUUCAUGCAUGCAGACACCUCUGACAGGUUUCUGAUGAUCUUCGGCGUCGUAGGUGCUCUCGGCGAUGGGUUCUCUUUGCCUGUCAUGCUUCUUGUCACCAGCAAACUUAUGAACAAUUUAGGUAAUGGCCCAUUUGCAGUCUCCGACUUCACCCACAAAAUAAGUGAGAAUUCAGUGAAUUUGCUCUACUUGGCGUGUGCACAAUGGAUAUGUGGUUUCCUAGAAGGAUACUGUUGGACGAGAACAGCAGAGCGGCAGGCGUCGAGAAUGAGGGCCCGGUACCUAAAGGCCGUUCUUCGGCAAGAUAUCGAGUAUUUCGAUCUCAAAGGGGCCUCAACUUCCGACGUGAUCACCAGCGUCUCCAGCGACAGUCUCGUCAUCCAAGAUGUCCUCAGUGAAAAGGUACCCAACUUUCUGAUGAAUUGCUCCACAUUCUUUGGAAGUUACGUUGUGGGCUUCAUACUAGUAUGGAGACUAGCAAUUGUAGCAUUCCCUACAGUUGUUCUCCUCAUAAUUCCAGGCUUAAUGUACGGCCGAAUACUGAUGAGCCUCGCGAGAAAAAUAAGAGAAGAGUACAACAAUGCGGGCACAAUUGUUGAACAAGCUGUGUCGUCGAUACGCACGGUCUAUUCGUUUGUAGGCGAGAAAAAGACGAUGGCAGCAUUUUCGGCAGCGCUUGAAGACUCUGUCAAGCUCGGGCUUCGUCAAGGCCUGUUCAAAGGUCUCGCCAUUGGCAGCAACGGCAUCACGUUCGCCAUUCUGGGCGUUUAUGCGUGGUAUGGUAGUCGACUCGUUAACCAUGGUUGCAAAGGCGGUGACAUAUUCGCUGUUGGAGCUUCCAUCAUUGUCGGCGGCCUAUCGCUUGGUUCGGGGCUCUCGAAUGUGAAGUACAUAUCGGAGGCAACGUCAGCUGGGGAGAGGAUACUGGAGGUGAUGAAGAGAGUACCAAAGAUCGACUCUGAGAGCACUGAAGGUGAAACCCUCGGAAAUGUUGAAGGAGAUGUAGAAUUCAAGCAGGUCCAAUUUGCAUACCCGUCACGACCAGAGAGCCUGAUAUUGAGAGGGUUCAAUCUUAGGGUCCCUACGGGGAAGACAGUUGCAUUGGUUGGAAGUAGCGGGUCAGGGAAAUCGACAGUGAUUGCGCUUCUAGAGAGAUUCUACGAUCCUGAACAAGGCGAGAUAUUUCUUGAUGGUGUUGAUAUUAGGAAACUUCAGCUUAAAUGGUUGAGAUCACAGAUGGGGCUUGUGAGUCAAGAGCCAGCGCUUUUUGCGACGUCGAUAAAGGAGAACAUAUUGUUUGGAAAAGAAGAUGCAACAACGGAGGAGGUGGUGGCAGCUGCCAAGGCUUCAAACGCGCAUAACUUCAUCUCUCAGUUACCUAUGGGGUAUGAUACGCAGGUAGGGGAAAGGGGUGUUCAGAUGUCAGGAGGUCAGAAGCAAAGAAUAGCUAUUGCAAGAGCCAUACUUAAAUCGCCGAAGAUCCUUCUGCUCGAUGAAGCUACUAGCGCUCUUGACUCGGGAUCAGAGCGAGUUGUCCAAGAUGCACUUGACCUAGCCUCGGUAGGAAGAACCACAGUUGUGAUUGCCCACCGCCUCUCCACCAUCCGCAAUGCUGAUGUCAUCGCAGUGGUUCAGGCUGGCCAAGUCACAGAAACAGGCUCGCACGAUGAGAUGAUAUCUAAUGAGGAUGGCAUUUAUGCUUCGCUUGUUCGUCUACAACAGACUGCAACAGCAAGAGAAGAACGAGCAGAAUCACCAUCAUCAGCGUCCGCUGCCUUAGCAAUGGCGUCCUCCUCCAAUAGCAUGAGCAGGAGGUUCUCGCACGCUAGUAGGUCUAGCUCGGCAAGGUCUUUCAAUGCUGCAGCAGGGGCAGUAGGAGAUGCUGUGGAGUCUGGUGAACCAGAAACAAAGCUUCCAGUGCCAUCAUUCAGACGAUUGUUGAUGCUAAAUGCGCCAGAAUGGAAGCAAGCAUUGUUGGGUUGCUCGAGUGCAGUAGUAUUUGGAGGAAUACAACCCGUAUAUGCAUACGCAAUGGGGAGUAUGAUAUCCGUCUAUUUUCUGAAAGAUCAUAGCGAGAUCAAGAGCAAGACGACGACUUAUGCCCUCAUUUUUACCUUUCUCUCAAUUUUUACCUUUUUUAUCAACAUUGGGCAGCACUACAGCUUUGGGGCAAUGGGAGAGUACCUGACAAAGCGGUUGAGGGAGCGGAUGCUGUCCAAGAUGCUAACUUUUGAAGUAGGCUGGUUUGAUCAGGAUGAGAACUCAACUGGAGCCAUCUGCUCUCAACUCGCCAAGGAUGCCAAUGUGGUUAGAUCAUUGGUGGGUGAUAGAAUGGCUCUCGUCAUCCAGACAAUCUCAGCAGUGACCAUAGCAUGCACCAUGGGUCUAGUUAUUGCCUGGCGCCUGGCUGUCGUCAUGGUCGCUGUCCAGCCUCUCAUCAUAAUUUGCUUUUACGCCCGCAAGGUCCUCCUCAAGAGCAUGUCCAUGAAAGGCAUCAAGUCCCAGGCUGAGAGCAGCAAGCUCGCUGCUGAGGCUGUCUCCAACCUGCGCACUGUCACUGCGUUUUCUUCGCAAGAACGUAUCCUUCGCCUCUUUGAAAGUGCCCAAGAGGGGCCUCACCGUGAGAGCAUACGUCAGUCAUGGUACGCUGGCAUUGGGCUCGGAACUUCGCAAGGCCUAACGACCUGUACCUGGGCCCUUGACUUCUGGUACGGAGGCAAGCUCGUAUCACAAGGCUACAUUAACUCCAAGUCCCUCUUCGAGACUUUCAUGAUCCUUGUCAGCACCGGGCGUGUGAUUGCUGAUGCUGGAAGCAUGACAACUGACCUUGCCAAAGGUGCCGAUGCAGUGGGCUCAGUUUUUGCUGUCCUCGACCGUGUCACUAGCAUUGAGCCUGAAGACCCUGAAGGCGACCACCCCGAUAAACUAGAUGGAAGUGUAGAGAUCCGAAACGUGGAUUUUGCAUAUCCUGCACGUCCUGAUGUGAUAGUAUUCAAAGGAUUCUCUCUCAACAUUGAUGCCGGCAAGUCAACAGCACUGGUAGGGCAAAGCGGGUCGGGUAAGUCCACCAUCAUUGGGCUCGUCGAGCGGUUUUACGACCCCCUACAAGGAACGAUCAAGAUUGACGGGAAGGACAUAAAAUCUUAUCACCUCCGCUCAUUGAGGCGACACAUUGCUCUUGUUGGACAGGAGCCAACACUCUUCUCCGGGAGCAUCAGAGAAAACAUUAUGUACGGAGCAGAGGGAGCCACGGAAGCUGAGAUCGAAGGCGCCGCUAGAGCUGCCAACGCGCACGACUUCAUCAGUGUCCUGAAGGAUGGAUACGACACAUGGUGUGGGGACCGAGGGGUGCAGCUCUCCGGAGGGCAAAAGCAGCGGAUAGCAAUAGCACGGGCAAUACUGAAGAACCCUGCAAUACUACUGUUAGACGAGGCGACAAGCGCGCUUGACAGCCAUUCAGAGAAGCUAGUGCAGGAAGCACUCGAGAGAGUGAUGGUGGGGAGGACUAGCAUCGUUGUCGCUCAUCGUCUCAGCACGAUACAGAACUGUGAUCUUAUCGCGGUGUUGGAGAAGGGGGCGGUGGCGGAGAAGGGUACUCAUUCUUCGCUCCUAGCGAAGGGACCGACCGGCUCUUACUAUGGGUUGGUCAGGCUUCAACAGGGCCAUAAGGAGGACUAGGACGAAAGUCUACGUAGACAGUGAAAAAGUUGCAAUGUCUAUAGUUGUAUUAUAUCAUCUUCAAGAUGUGUAGCGGCCCUAAGAUUAGUAUUACUAUUAUUAUUUUUAUUUUUAUUUUGAUGUAUAUGUUGUAGUUUGGUGGAAGCCAGACCUCUCCCAUUACGCAACGGCUCUUACAUGCUGCAUUCCUUGUUCCACCCUAGCUACGUUGGCCGAUAGAAUGGUGACACACGUACCAACCAAUCUGCUCAGUCAAUCGGUAUAAAUGCGCCGAUCCACCACAAGUAAAUGAAUCUCAACUUCGUAACUCUGUAAGGUUUGGCACCAUUGACCUUA